CAGGCAAGUAUUUUACAAGACAUCAAUCCCAUUGGGUCGUCCUUAUACGUCACAGAUGUAAGAACAUGGAGGCGAUAUUUCAUGAAAAGCAAGAAGGAUCAUUAUGUGCGCAGCACUGUUUGAAUGCCUUGCUGCAGGGACCAUAUUUCACUGCCGUUGAUUUAGCAACUAUUGCACAGCGAAUGGAUUAUGAAGAGCGUUUAAGAAUGUCUGAAUCUGGUGUCGACAGCGAAGAGUACAGAAGAUUUUUGGAGCAACCUUCUGGAAAUUAUGAUGACAGUGGGUAUUUCUCAGUUCAAGUAAUAAGCAGUGCUCUUGAAGUUUGGGGUCUGGAACUUGUACCAUACAACAGCACAGAUGAACGAGCUUUGGAAGCCCAGAGAUGUCCUGGGUAUUACCCAUCCAGAGUGCCAAACUAUGGAGUCAGAAGUGUUGGGUUCAGUCACCUCCAUCAAUCCUGUGAAAUGAAUGCAUUCAUUUGCAACUAUCGUGACCACUGGUUUACAAUUCGCCGAUUGGGCCAGCAGUGGUUCAAUUUGAACUCAUUACUUAGUGGACCUGAACUGAUUAGUGACACAUAUUUAGCCAUGUUCCUAGCACAGCUGCAGCAAGAAGGUUAUUCUAUUUUUGUUGUGUUUGGGGAUCUUCCCGAGUCAGAAGCUGACAAUUUGUUGCACCUUGCCCCUGCUGUACAGCACGAGAAGCCUCGCCUGCUUGCCACAAUUGUGCGCAAAGUUGUUCCUGUAAGUGCUCAAGAUUCUGAAGAGGACCAGGACCUACAGAGAGCUGUGAGGCUGAGUCUGACUGACAGUAAUCCACCAAGAGUGACACAUAUACCAAUAGAAAUUGAACGCAGUCUGAGUACUGACGAUACAGAGUUACAAGCAGCUCUCAGACUUAGUUUGCAAGAUGAGAGUUCAUCACGCGUCACCCCAGCUAAUGAGGAAGAAGGUGAUGCACAGUUCCAUAGAGCCUUGCAGUUAAGUCUUACCACAGACACAGCUGAUGGAGCACCACCAAUACCUCGCACUAUCAGCCAGGAUGAAGAACUGCAGCUUCAGAAAGCUCUUAGCCUUAGUCUUCAGACCAAGAUAAAUGACACUGAAGGUGAUGAUGAGCACGAGUUGCAGAGAGCUCUUCAAAUGAGUCUGGAAUGCUGUGACAGCAACGAAUGUCAGGCAGCAGAUGACAUGGUGGAUCCAGAAGAAUUGAGGAGGAGAAGACUUGCAUACCUAGAGUCUGUUGAAAAUCAGUCUUCAAACUACACAAAUCAUGCCCCAAACCAGAACCAAUUGAAUACUUAAUAUUAUAGUUUUGUCUUCAGACUCUAGUCAUUUUUUUGCACAAAUUUGUU